CAUGUUGGGCUAUAUAUCUAUGAAAAAAAUCGGUAUAUCAUUACGUGAGGUUCCAGAGAUAUGAAGAGGUUUUCCAAAGAUCCGCUGAAAAACCUAUCUUCGAAAUUUUUUCGACCCCGAUUUUCGCUUGUGAAAAGAUUGGGAAAAUAGUCCUCUUUCCAUUAGUGAAAACCGCAACUCUCUAUCUAUCAUCAUCUUCGAGUUAUUAAAGAAACGGCAACCUGCAUUAUAUUUUGGUACGGAUACUAGUCAACAUGAAUACGCACACGUGUGAUAUUACAGAUAUUUCUAUUUUUAUCGAAUACAAGGCACACUGUGAAUCCGCGGCUACCAAUUCAUCUGAAACACUUGAUUCACUUUUCCUUCAUUCGAAAGCCCCAUUCAGACUAUCAAUGACCCUAAACUAUCUUUCUGGAGCAAUUUGUAAAAACAUAAAAUCCAUUGUAAACGUAUCAGUUUUCUAACUGGCUACGUCUCAAUACGGUGCUCAAAAGACCAUAACAUCGCGUAGCUGUUUUUCAGCACUGCUAUCAUGUUAAGAAGAAAUUUGCAAGACGUCUAAACUUUAUUUGUUUGUUUCAGCAUUUUAGUCAAGUUGAACUAUGUCUACCAUACACGAAUGUGAGCAAUCGCAUGCACACAAUGAUUCGAAACAAUGUAGGAUAUGUUUACAGAUAAUCCUGAUGAUAUCAUUAGUCCGUGUUUAUGCAAAGGUGGUUCAGCUUAUAUUCAUAGAAAUUGUUUAAAUGACUGGCGGGCGGAAAACAUAGGUGGAAAAGCUUUUAAAUUUUGUAGUGUUUGUCAAUUCGAAUAUGUUAUUGAAUCAAUCACAGAUAGUUCGGAAGAUGAAAGAAAAAGGUUACGAAAGUAUCGUUUAUUAGUUAUCCGUGAUAUAACACUUCUAUUUUUACCAGUACAAGCGAUUAUUGUUACACUAGCAUUUUUAACAAAGUUUGUUGAUAAGACUGGUAAUCAUAUUAAACAGUUAUUUCCAAGUUCUAUGAAUGCAUUAAUGAUUUACUAUGUGAGCGGUUUUAUAUUAUUUCUGGCCUUGUUAGGCCUCGUUAGCUUGAUAGUUGUUUGUUGUGCAUUGAGAAAUGAUUAUGGUAAUAAUAGAAAUAACCAUCGCUCUACUCGUUCUAGUUCUUACAGAUCUAAUAGUAACAGUAGAAACGCUCGUGGAUUGGUUGCUAUAGUGGUGGGUAUUGUAUUAGUAUUUGCUUUUAUUGGAAUAUUUGUUGGAAUUAUCUUAGGCGUAGUGAUCGUAAGACUAAUACUGAAAUCACAUACAAACAAACUGUGGUUAAGACAAGAAGCUGAAAAGUAUAUUGUCAGAGAUUUUCAAGGAAGAAGAAAUGAAAUAGAAAAGUAUACAAAAGGCGACAAUCUUUUCACGAACUCGCUAACAGAUAUUAAUAGUGCCAAUGAUACUGCUCAAACUCAAACGUUGCCGUUAUCUCCAGUCCAAUAUUCUUCUUCAUUUGCAACAAAUACGCAUCUAGAACAAGAUAAUGAUUGUGAUUUGUAA